CCAUUAAUAACGAAAUACUAUAAUGAAACUAUAGACAUAGUUAAUUUUCAAAUUGGUACAGUUAUGGAAAUCAUAUUUCUUGAAAAUCAUCCAAUGGAAAUGUGAAUGAACUUUUUAUGAAACCAACUGUCCGACAGAGCGACCGUCAACAUCAUCAAAUUUUGACCACGGGACGAGUCGUGUAGGGUGGGUAACGUUAGAUGUUUAAAAUUGGUUUAAAUUCAGUUAAAGUUAUUAAUGUAUUCGAGCUUUCUGAUAAUGUUUCAAAAAUGUGGUCGCUGUAUUUAAGGGAUUGUCAUGAGAACUAUUCGUUAUGGAGUGCAGUGGACGUUGAAAUACGGCGACCGAUCGAAGAACUGUCAGCAGGUGGAUUGUGGAUUGUAGAAAUAUUUUAAGGGAGGAUAUUAAAGAUGAAACUUUGUGAAAUGGAUAUUAGACUGUUAUAAAACGUUAUGAAAUGCACAUAUCAUCUGAGAUACAGCAUCCCUCAACAACCAUCUUGACAAAAUGUACCAAAAUGUCAGAAGAGGGGCACAAAUUUGGAAUGAAUGGGAAUGUUGACAGAAAUAUUAAGGAGGAGUGCCACAAAACUAAUUAUGGGCAAGGAGGACGUCUCAAAUUCUUUAAAGAUGGAAAAUUUAUCCUUGAAUUGGAACGAGCCAGGGAAGGUGAGAGGGUUUCUUGGGUGUCAGUACCCAGAAAAACAUUUUGGCCACCUCCAGGUACUGCCUCAGCCACUCCAGCAUAUCGUCAAGAAAGUAGUACAUCUCUUAGUGUUUCAGAUGACAAUAGUUCUAUUCAGUCAUCACCAUGGCAAAGGGAUCAUUCAUGGAAACAGACGAAUCCUUGUAAAAACUUAUCAAAAGAAUUGAAAUUUUAUUUGUGGAGACCUAAAGGUCAAAGAUCAAAAAGAUGCAGUAAUAAGAGGAGAAGACCUUUGUCAACAGCACCAGAACCCCAGUGCGACAUUGUUAUUAAGAGUGAACGAACUUAUGUGAAAGUUAAAAAAGAAUAUGGUAGGCAUUCUCUUCUCAGCAUUGUACAGUAUCUUAUUGACAAAAGUCUCAGGACAAGUACCCCUCCCAGAGCAGAAACUGUCGUUUCACCUAGAAAACGGUUUCUCCGCGAAAUGGAAAAAGACAAAUUUCACGGUGACGAUAAUUCUCAAAAAAGAAGCCGUAACAAAUCACAAACAAAUCAACCAAUAUCGAAUACUCCGCCUUCAGCACCGGUUACAGGAAGUGGCAGUGGUAGUCCUGUAGUCACAAAUGGUGUAGAGGAAACUAAACCACUUAGAAAUUCUAGUUAUAGCAUAACGUCACUGUUAGCGGAAGAUCGAAACAUUAAGAGAUCGCCACCGUCAUCUCCUAGUCACUAUCCUCUAACACACCCCCAAUAUUGUUCACCACCGCCAUCCUCUGCAGAUGAUCGGUUAUAUUCAGAGAGUGUAGACAGACUGCGUUCAAUAGAACUUUCGCAAGUAGAAAAAUGUGGAUAUCCUCCCUAUUCACCUCAGUCAUAUUUACAUGGUUACGUGUAUCCAUUUCCGCCAGUGCCGUCAUAUUAUGGUGCAGGUGUUUAUGGUAGGGGAUAUGUAGUGCCUUCCAUGUAUCAUCAUUCCUCUCCUCUUCAUAUGCCCAUUAGACACGAAACUCCCACUUGCUCUUGGACAGUCGUUGAACCACGUAGGGAUGGUGAGCAUCGGGAAGAUACUGUUACAGAUAUGCCGUUGAACCUUUCCAAAAACUCCGGAUGAAAACAAUGUGUGCCUUCCGAAGAAGUACCCUAUAUCAUAUAUUUAUUAAAGAAAUAUAUUUUCUAAAGAGUUUGUAAUGUACAAGAGUAAUUUCUUUGAGGAAGAUGACACGCGCUGUAGUUUGGCACUAAACAUGUCACUGCAGGAAUUAUGCGAUAAAUAUUGUUACUCAUUUGUAAUUAAACAUUUUAUAUAAAGCUUUCGAAGCAGAUAGCAAUAAAUAUUAAAAGGGGCCGUUUUAUAAAUAGAUGUGCCAAUAAAAAUUAUUGAUACUAAAUUGAAAGAAAAAAGAUAAUGUUCAUGUCCAACGAAUGGGUUUAUUUAUAAAACAGCUCGAUAGAAGCUUUAAAAAAUGGAAAAUGUGCAACUGACAGCUCUACAAGCAACCAACUGUAGAUAGUAGGUGUACAUAUAAACAGAUAUUUUGUAUAGAAACUGUUUUGUAUUAUUUUAUACAAUGAAAUGAAAAAACUACUUAAAAAUUAAAAAUGAAAUCAAGUCGUGAACGAAUUAAUUUGUAUUUGUAAAUAACUUUUUCACUUUUGUACAUAGUAUGUCAAACAUAUCAUUUUGCUAUUUAUUUUAACGAAUGGCGUCAGUCUAUCAGCAAAAAUAUUCUACAAGCUUCCAUAAGAUAAUUGUCUAGCUUGUUGAUUAUUCAAAUCUCUUCUCCAUAGUUUGAGCGUCGUCCAUAAUUUAGUUUAUUUAUAAUGCUAAUUUUUAUCAGUUAAUCUCACAUGUAUUAAAAUUGUUAAAAAUAUCUGUUUCAUUGGAUUCUAUGGUAAGGUUUUAUCCCGAGGAUAUAUCGAGAUCCUAAAUAUGGCCAAUUAGUUCUUCUUGUUUAUCUUUACAUAAGGACUUUUCAAAAACUAUGAUCUUAACCCGUGAUUUGAAUGUUUGGAAACUAACCCGGAUCUUCAUUGUUGUUCAGGAACUGAUCGAGUUAAUCGGAUCAUAGUCAUGCAAUAUAAUCCUUUUUGUCUUCGGCUUUUCGAAUUUUCAAAAUUAUUUAAGUGACCGUUUACUUUUAAUUCUCAAGAGCAGUGUACUUUAUAAGUUACUGAGGUUUGCGUUACGUUGUUUUUAAUUUAAAAUUUCCAUCGAAAAUUGAACGCGAAAUAUGGAAACUGUGAUCUAAAUCACGUUCUGGAUUAGGAUCUGUAAUCAGCUGAUGGGGGUGAUCUACCUGAACCCGGGUAAUAGUUUCUGAAAAGUCCAACAAUUUUAAUAUUGCCAUAAAACUCUCAAUGAUCUAUAUUAACAAUAAACUACUGAACUAGUGUAAAAAUACACAUUUAUUGGUUUUGAAAUUUUGAUUCAUUGCUAUAAACAGUCUAGUAUUUUCUGGAACACUCGUUGACUAAAUUACUUUUCACCAUAACUAUUCUAACCCUCGUAAUUGCAACUCCAUUAGUUCAUAUCUGGCUAGAAGGAUCAGACAGUGUAAUUUUGAGUCUUUGUAUAAUAAUAGUAACCCAUGUGUUCAGUAUUUUUAUGCCCACUUUGAGUUAUUUAUGAGCAACAACAUAAUUCCCAGAUGGUGAGUGUAUUGCAACAGUUGUUAUCAAAUAGAUGUUUCUUAUCAUUCAUUAGUGAUAAUUUUGAUUUGUUGCAAAUUUAAAUCCGGAAGAAAUAUUUUAUAUCCUUUCUCUCAGUUUUUUGUGUUUUACAAUUUACAGUAACAAUGUGCUCAAAUUAAUAGUUAAAAUAUUUGGCAAUGUUAUUAUCAUAACUAGUCAUGUUGGUGAAUACAAAAAUUUUUAAUAGUCUUAAGGAACGGCUAUUGUUUUGAUAUUUUUUUAGUUUAAUUUUUUCAUAUUAUUUAAUCUUCAUACUGAGAAAAAAAAUUACAUUUACAAUCUAGUGUGGAAAAUAAUUAUUUUGAUAGAGACUUGUAUUUCCCGAUUAAUAACUGGCGGGCAACUAUUUCAUGUCACAACAUUCACUUAUAUUUUUGAUUUUUUUCUUUGUUGUUAGUAAAAAUAAGUACGAUUAAUUAAAAAAAAAUAUUGGCCAAGAAUUUUAUUGAUUAAUUAAUUUGAAUAUUUAAACAAAUAAUGAUCAUUCGAAUUUCACGAUUUAGAAUCUUUUGCCAAACUUAGCUCCUGAAUAGUCCAACAUUCUUUGGUUACAUUUGCCUUGAUAGCACUUUUCUGUCUGUGAAAUGGUCUGAUGGUACGUCUCCCCGUGCUCAUCGCUCUCUGCAGUCCAAUUCUCAGGAAAACAUCCAGAUAUGUGGCUAAAAAUGGUUCUUGUGUGACUUGUUGCAAUCUAAUGCUUGAUUAACUAAGUUGGAGUUUCUGGAACUGUUGGUGAUAUUCAUCCUGAAUACACUGUUUACACUACCACUAUACCAACACUCACAAUUUCACUGGGUAACGCGCGUUUCGAUAACCAAGUUGUCUUCUUCAGAUAGUGGAGGUAAACUGAAAACCAUCUUGGUUAUCGAAUCGCGCGUCAGAUAGUGUAAUUGUGAGUGUUGGUGUAAACAGUGUGUUCAGUACCAAUGCUUGAUAAGUCAACAAAACUCGCUAAAAAACAUUUUGUACUCCCCACUCUCAUGGUUACCUAGAAAAUUUGCAAUAACGUUCUUGAAAGAUUUUUUUGAUUUUUUCCAUUAAUAACUUCAUAUUUUCUUAGGUUUCUAUCAUAUUAGCAGAUUCAGAUUAGGGUUCAGAUGUAAGAAAGAAAUAUAGUUCCAUCAAUUAGUAGUAGUAAAACUGCUUUCAAGCUAGUUUUAAUGAACAAACGAUAGCUAUUUAAUUCCAUUUUCAAAUUCUUCAUCUCUCCAUUUAUAUCAUUACAAUACACUUAGUCUCCAUCUUGAGAAUAGUAUGACCGGAAGAGCCCGUCACCAUUUCGAAAAUGGCUUAUCGUAGUUUAAUGAUGUAGCAAAUUAUUCUUCUAAAAAAGAUCUAAAGGCCAUAAACACACGGUCCAGAUGAACGUCCGAUCAGGUUUUGCCCAGUUCCGGGAGAAAUUUGAAGUGUAGAGUACAUCGGAUUGUGCUAGGUUCUAAUUUUAUAUCAAAAAUCUUUUUGCUAUCAAAGGAAGAAAAAAAUCUUGAGAAGUAUUUAGGUUCAUUCUAUUUUAGAAAGACGACGUAAUCUAUUCGUUACUUUUAGAUGUUUUUAAACUAUUUACGAAUGUCUGUGGCGUCAAAUGACGAACAUCUAAAGGUAAAGGUACACCUUCAAGAACAAGAUAUCAACAUGAGAAACUGCAUUCUAGUGCAAAAGAUACUUGCAGUAAGUUUAAAGAAGGUUUGCUUUGUCUAACUAUGCCUCGACCACUUCACUUAUAUGAAGAUCUUUAUAUUAAAUCGUUACUAGAAGUAGAGAAUACCUGGGCACACACCUGGACGUUUUUACGACAUGCAUAGUCUCACCUAAGAAUUCUGAUUUUUUGAUAAAUUCAAGUCUCUAAAUAAUCCGCUAGCAUAUUCGCCUGAUCUGUUGUGAAAAUAUGCUUAUUUCCUAUAUUAGGACAGUGUUUCACCAGAAGCCUUUACUUCUUUAACUAUUCUAGCUAAGUAUGUGAAAGAUAAGUGCAGUUUUGAUCCAUUAUUACAAUGAAUAAUAUUAAUUACUGACGCACUAAUUGUAGUCCAUCUCAUCGUCAGACGACCGAUCUUCAUUGUUCUUUGUUGAUGAAGAACGGGUGGCAACUUCUGCUGGAAGGUUACGGUAGUAACGAUGGUAUAUUGGUGGGAUGUAUGGUAAUAAAUCCAUUAUAUCCUUUUUCUUAGCAGCUGUUACUAUUCUUUUUGAUGCGUAGAGUUGAUCUUGACUAAUAUGAAUCAAACUAUUCAAAGGUCUGCCUCCGAUUCUUUUCGUCAAGUCAACUUUAUACAUCUCCAUUUAGGAGUGUAGAGUUUAUUUGAACUGAAACUGCAGAGGUUUAUCCCGAUGAAAACGUUGCCAUCGAAUUUUAAGCCAGCUGAAAUCGUAGCCACAUGCUACUGCUUAAAAAAUGAUUCAUCUCAACAACCCUGAAAUGUAGCAACUUUUUUUUGAAUUCUUUAAUAAUUUCAAUCCACUCAUCUGGGCUGUAAAUUUGUAUAUGUUUACGGCUUGUACUUUCUAUUAUACCGAAGUCAGCUUCAUUAGGAAGAUAUGAGAGUGACCUGAAACUAAGAAUUUGAGAUCUAUGGUAUUAAUCGAGACAUCUGGAUCUUGCACAAGCUAUAGAAGAGAAAGGCUUGUUUUGAUGCUUUUAGCCGAUGGAUGAAUCUGAGUAUGCAAUAACAUGACUAUAGGGUGAAGCAUUUUCUUUUAAAUGUUUAACCAAACAUGUUGCUAUGUCUUUGGAGCCAUGCCCACCUUCAGCUUCGUCCCAUACGUACAUAUAUCCAGUUUUAUCGUUUCCACAGUGUAUACUUAGAUUGUAUAGGUAUAAAUUUCUUUCAUAGUAAGCAACAAAAACUGUGAGCUUAUGAAAGGGGAGGACUUACAUUUUUUUAUAGUUAACUCACUGCUCAAAUAUUGUCUACAAGGGUUUUUGUUUCUGGAAUAGUGACUUUGGUAGACCGGGAAAUUACUUAUAUGGGCAACAAUACCUGCAUCGCCUAGUCGUCUGGAAUUUUUCGUGCCACCCCUUCCUUUGCACUCCGACAUUGUCUUCUUAGCAAUGCAUCUAUAUAGUCAUCCAUUACUUAUUUUAAAAGUAGAUAGACAAUGAAGUCUCGUUUCUGAUGAUCAGACCUACCUUUUGGGCGUUUUCGAGCAACUUGCACGAGACCAUGGAUGUAUGAAUUUUGUGCCACAUAGUCUCCGUGGUUCCAGAACGUCUCAAAAAUUAGUCUUCGAUUAUUUUCUGUGAAUAAAGUGAAGCCAUUUUUGCACAGCUGCAAUCCGAGUGAGUAAAUUGUUUUCCUGGUACCUUCACUCCAUUCUUAAAAUUUUACAGAAGUUUUAUAUCUGUCAGUUGAUUUAAUAAGGAAAAAAGCGCUAGAUUUUAGCUAGAGGUUGUAUUGUCGGAAAAACAAUUAUUUAAUAUUGAAAAAUUGUGUAAGUACAAUAUUCAAGAUAUUUGUACAAAUAUUAAAAUUAUGUUAUGGUCCAUAAUAAUAUAGAUAUUUCAAAAUAUUUCAUAUUAAUUACAUUUCUGAAUAAAAAAAAAUGGGAAAGGUUAAGUUAGAUUAGGUUCUAUUUCAAUUACUUCGUUAAUUGUCACUUCUGGUGUGUCCAUUAUGCUUUCUGUAUCUUCUUUUUUAUACAAUUCUUUAAGAUUUUGAACCCCAAGUUUCCUUUGGUAUGUGGUUUGAGCUAAUAUAUUCACUUGCUUCUUUUCUCUGAGUUCUGAUGAAUCUUCACAUCUGUUUUUGGAGGUCAUAAAAGUCCUUUUUAUUUUUUUUGAAAAUGAUUCCCAAUACUGUUAUUUUUUUGCCUUACUAGUGUCGUUUCUUACCCUCUUAUACUCAUUCUUUGUCUUCGGGCGUAUUUGCUGUCAUGUUUUUAGAUAAGCCUUCCUUUUUUUUGAUACAUUGUUCUUAGACUUUGUUGCAGAACCAUGGGGUUUUAAUGGGACAGAGUUUUUGUUGUUUUAUAUUUCAGGUGCCAAGGGCUUCUGUUGCAGAUUCCGUUUUAGUGUGCAAUGUAGAAAUACUUGUUAUUAUGGGAAAUUUGGCCAGAUCAGUAUGCUAAGCAUGUAAUUUAAAAAAAAACUAUCAGACUUGCCGUAGGUAACAUUUCCAGUUGAUCUUUUACCAUAUUUUUGAACUUAUUCAUAUAAUUGUUUAAUAUAAAUACACGAAAAAAAGAGUUGUAACAUUUUUAUCCCACCAUUCUAAUGCCGUCCAUAUUAUACAAGUUCGUCAUGUAACAAAAAUACAUAUUUUUUUACUGAAAUAAACUUUUAUUUAUUAUCUACAAUAGGUUUUUUCAUUAAGAGUAAACGCAUUAAAUUAGAACUUAUUUACUUGCUAUAAACACACCUAAAACAAAACUAUGAGUAAUUAAUUCAAAAACACGAGCAUAGAACAAAGGCAGUAUUGCCCACAAGUAUACUUAUAUCAAAAAUUGCAGUCGUUUAAACCCUUUCCUUUAUAUUUUAAAAUAAUAAAAAGUAUCUUACUCAUCCACAACCUCUUCUAUCAUACGUGUAUAUGUAAUAUUUCCUUUCCAUUUCGUUCUAAAAUUUGCUUCCUGUUUAGUCCAUCUCCAUUUCAGCCCUCUUUUCCAGAUUGUUUGUUAUUUUCAUAUUCAAUUGCCUUCUGGAUCUCCCUCAUCUCUUCUUUUUGUUUAUUUCAGUUUUUCAUCACUUUAACUGCUCUGUCCUUCUAUGUCUCCAAACCAUCUCAACUAUUGCUCGAUUUUUGCUUCUGACUUCACCUCUUAUUGUGUCGUUCUUUAUUUUAUUUGGUUUCUUUACUCCCCAUCAGUACCGUCUUUUCACACGUUGGUAUUUUUUGCUCCAAUCUGUUGGUAUCCAGAAUAAACCACCAUAGUUCAGCAUUAGAAGUAGUGACUCGUAGAUUUUCGUUAUUGGUCGAAAAAUAUUCUGAACAGCGGUACAUAGUUGCACAGUAUUUCUUCUGGUAUAUUCGAUAUUUUAAUUAUUUCUGUUUUUGUAUAGUUAUUUGUAGUUUCAUUAAUACACUUCUCUAUUCUGUUUUGUAGUGCUUCCUCUAUGUUAGCGAAUAUUUCGUCUUUGAUAAAUAAGAACAAUAAUGGGCUUAAAAUGCCUCCUUGUCCUACUCCACUACUUGUCAUCAUCUCCUGCUGAUUCCACAUUCUCUUAAAUAUAUUCUUAAUUAUGUUUAUUUUUUUUUCCAUCCAUAAUUAUUUUCCAUUUUUUCUCUGUUGGAGCUAUCAAAAUUAAUUGCUGCAACGUCAUUGUCUGUAUCUGUUAUUUUUUCUGUUCUGUCUGAACGUGGAUAUCUAGUCUGGUAUUUAUCUAUUGAAUCUAAAUGUGUUAUUUUUAACUCGUUUUACCUUUUCGUAUGUAAUACAGAGUAGCAAUAAAAAAGUUAUGGUGAAUCUAUUGAAGCCAAACAGGUUGCUUGUGCUUAAAAGCAGAUAUGCUUUUGAAAUUUUGAACAUAAAAUUGAAUUUUUGUGAUAAGUUUCAACAUAAAGUAAAGCUGGAAUAUUUUUACUAAGUCUUAUACGCCCAUUUUUACCAUUAAGAUAAAGAUUUGUAUAAAACAACUAUAUUUUCAUAUGAUCGUUAGGCAAAAUGUUAAUAAAUCUUUAAAAGACAAUAGAUAAGUGUUAGCGUAUCAUAUUUUUUCAUUCGCGGACUCUAUUAUCGUCUGAAUAUUUAUAGUCACAUUAUUUAAUCUAGUAGUUUUUUUUCUUAUAAUAUACUAUUAUUGACUUGUGCCAUUCGCUAUUAACCCAUCUUCAGUCAAUAAUCAGAACAAUACUUUUUGUAAAAACAAAUGUAAUAGAGACUGAACUUGCUUAUCUGAUUUUUAUUUUUGGGAAAACUUCUUUGGCACUUAUGUAUUGUGAUAUCGGUAAAUAUUUUUAACGGGAGUCCAAACUUUGAACUGAAUAUUUAUACCUGGAAUUCUAAUGUUAGACUCUUAAAAUGUACUGUACAGUAAAUAAAAAUUUGAUAGAUAGCAA